AGAAAGUCACGAGAAGGAAAUCUGACACUAACUGCUUUCUUGGAUGAAUACUUAGUUAAUUUGGAAAUAUUCUCACGUUUUGAAACGAUCUAAAUAUUCUGUUGAAUACAGAAUAGUUAUAGAUAUGAAGUGUUCUUUCCACUGGCGAGAAAUAAAACUUAAAAUGUGAAUUCAUACACUGUAUAUUCAAUUAGGCAACCGAAAAACAUGCUCCGCAAGCCAAGCUACGCACCGGUUGAACAGGGCUUCAAAUUGCCAAAGAUCGUGGGCGCUGGCACCGAACAAAGGCUGCCGGGUAUCCAGAAAGAGCUCAAUGAUACAAAGAAGCGCAAGCUUUUGCCAGACCUGGAGAACAACGCAGCAACCAUUUCGUCCCAGGCCACCAAAAGACCAGCCAAGAGGCGCCAGGCCGAGAAGACUAUCAGCGACUGCGUCGAGUUCUUCAAAGGAAAAACCUCACCAAUGCCACCGGGUCGUUGUGAUCCAACUAAAAAGCCCGCCAAAAUGCAGUCUCCCAAAGGAGACAAAGCAGCACGAAGACACACCAACGAUAAGACAGAAAUCUUCCUCAAUCGCUGCCAAAAGCUCCUGGACACUGCCGUUCAGGAAUUCACCGCGGCAGAACAUUUGAUGGCCGAAUUCAGCUUCAGGCCCGAGAGUCCUGCCAAGCCUCCUCUUCAUGGACGGAAGACCGGGAAACCUAUUACAUACAAGAAGCAGAGAAAGCAGUAG